UAUAUCAUAACACUUAAUACAUCUGUCUCACCCAAUAUCUGUCAAAAUUUUGUUGUUGAUUUUCUCUCAGAACAUUCGGUUUUUAAAUAUUAAAAAGAAACCAUGUCGAUCUCCCCGUUCUUGCGGUCCCCAUUCACCGAUGUCACUGGUGGCUUGGUGUCACAGCAAAUGCUGGGGCGGUGCCAGAAGCAAGAAGGCCGCUUUAUGGACUGCCUGGAGGCCUACGGCUUAGACCGCGGAAAGGUCAAGUGCGCCUCACUAUUUGAAGACUUCCAUGAAUGUCAAACAUCCACGAAACAGUUCAAACGAUUCAUGGCUAUGCGCUAUGAACGUGACAGACAAAUAUCUGAAGGCAAGUUGAAGGGAGACGCCAAAUAUGAAUCACCAAAAGUUGACAGUUACUAAGUUAUGUAGUGCAAUGGAUCCAAUAGUCUCAUCCAAACCACAGUGUAUGUGUGUCUUACUGAUGUAAAUAAAAUAAUUUAAUCAACAAAA